AUGACGGAGAAGGCCUUAGCGUUGAUGGUGUUGAGUCUCAGCUCGGCUCUGAUUCACACUGUGUCUGCCGGAGGUGCUUACUGUGCCAAAGCUGCCAGAGCUCAGGCGGCUGCAUUGGGCUUGAACUACCCAGGACUCCAUGGGGCACCGGACCUGUCUGGACCACCCCCUUACUCUGCUCAACAUCCCAGCGUCCUCCAGCACCAGCCCUCUCAACCCAACCUUCAAUCUCCACUUGUGAAUUACGAACCAUUCUUCUUCCCACCACGAGUCGACCCGCGCUCCCGUCCUGCUGCGUAUGGAGGCCACAGACUAAACCAGUUCAACCCGUUAACCAGCUUCUCCCGGGGUGAACCAUGGAACAACCAGCGGCCCGAUUUGGAGCCGAUGAUGCGGGUCGACCCCCUGACGGAGACCCAGCCUUCAGGCCAGGACCAGCUUGUUGGGCCGUGGGGUUUGGAUGGUGAGAAAAAGCAGUUUCCGUUUGUCUAUGACGGGCCGGGAGUUGCAGUCGAUGCUUCGGUUCUGAGUCGAAAUGGUAUCAGUAAAGUGAAUGGACUCCCGUUGCCGAGUAUUCCAGGAUAUGGCGUUUACUACAUGGUGUACCCCGCUGGAGCUAGACCUGCAGCUAAUGGAGAGCCGAGAAGGCAGACGUAUGGAAGGAGGAACGGAAAUGCAAGACAUCCGUUCUACCGUAGGAAGAAGUGA